AUGACAUCAGACAUGACCUCUGACAUGAUAUCCGACAUGACAUUAGACAUGACAUCAGACAUGACCUCUGACAUGAUUUCAGACAUGACAUUAGACAUGACCUCUGACAUGACAUUAGACAUGACCUCUGACAUGACAUUAGACAUGACAUCAGACAUGAUAUUAGACAUGACAUCAGACAUGACCUCUGAAAUGACCUCUGACAUGACAUUAGACAUGACAUCAGACAUGAUAUCAGACAUGACAUUAGAUAUGACAUUAGACAUGACAUCAGACAUGACCUCUGACAUGAUAUCAGACAUGACAUUAGACAUGACCUCUGACAUGACAUUAGACAUGACCUCUGAAAUGACCUCUGACAUGACAUUAGACAUGACCUCUGACAUGAUAUCAGACAUGACAUCAGAUAUGACCUCUGACAUGAUAUCAGACAUGACAUCAGAUAUGACCUCUGACAUGAUAUCAGACAUGACAUCAGACAUGACCUCUGACAUGAUAUCAGACAUGACAUCAGACAUGACCUCUGACAUGACCUCUGACAUGACAUUAGACAUGACCUCUGACAUGAUAUCAGACAUAACAUUAGAUAUGACAUUAGACAUGAUAUCAGACAUGACAUUAGACAUGACCUCUGACAUGAUAUCAGACAUGACAUCAGACAUGACCUCUGACAUGACCUCUGACAUGACAUUAGACAUGACCUCUGACAUGAUAUCAGACAUGACAUUAGACAUGAUAUCAGACAUGAUAUCAGACAUGACAUUAGAUAUGACCUCUGACAUGAUAUCAGACAUGACAUUAGACAUGAUAUCAGACAUGACGUCAGACAUGACAUUAGAUAUGACAUUAGACAUGAUAUCAGACAUGACCUCUGACAUGAUAUCAGACAUGACAUUAGACAUGACCUCUGACAUGACAUUAGACAUGACCUCUGAAAUGACCUCUGACAUGACAUUAGACAUGACCUCUGACAUGAUAUCAGACAUGACAUCAGAUAUGACCUCUGACAUGAUAUCAGACAUGACAUCAGAUAUGACCUCUGACAUGAUAUCAGACAUGACAUCAGACAUGACCUCUGACAUGAUAUCAGACAUGACAUCAGACAUGACCUCUGACAUGACCUCUGACAUGACAUUAGACAUGACCUCUGACAUGAUAUCAGACAUAACAUUAGAUAUGACAUUAGACAUGAUAUCAGACAUGACAUUAGACAUGACCUCUGACAUGAUAUCAGACAUGACAUCAGACAUGACCUCUGACAUGACCUCUGACAUGACAUUAGACAUGACCUCUGACAUGAUAUCAGACAUGACAUUAGACAUGAUAUCAGACAUGAUAUCAGACAUGACAUUAGAUAUGACCUCUGACAUGAUAUCAGACAUGACAUUAGACAUGAUAUCAGACAUGACGUCAGACAUGACAUUAGAUAUGACAUUAGACAUGAUAUCAGACAUGAUAUCAGACAUGACGUCAGACAUGACAUUAGAUAUGACAUUAGACAUGACAUCAGACAUGACCUCUGACAUGAUAUCAGACAUGACAUCAGACAUGAUAUCAGACAUGACGUCAGACAUGAUAUCAGACAUGACGUCAGACAUGAUAUCAGACAUGACAUCAGACAUGACAUCAGAGUAG